UUUAUCCCAACAGCAACGCUCUCCACUCUCUUUACUCCCUCUAACUCUAUGCGCACUGCGCACCCUUCUUCUCCUUUUUCGAAACCAAAAAAAUCCUCAAAGAAAGGAGAGAGAAAUCCCUACCCAUUUUCCGGCUUUGAUUUCCAUACGCAUUUCUAUUUUCUAUUUUUUGUGAAAAAAAGCUUAGAUCUUUGUCAAUGGAGACGACGCGAUCUUUGAUUCUGAUUUUAGUGUCCUUUCUGGCCUUCUCCUCCUCCCAUGUUUCGGCGGACUUUACUUACUCUUCCAGGCUCAUUCAUAGGUUCUCCGAUGAGGCGAAGCUGCUUAGGGUUCUCAGGAACGACGGCGGAGUUCGGUGGCCGGAGAUGAAGAAUUUGGAGUACUAUGAGUUGCUUGUCAACAGCGAUUUUCAGCGGCAGAAGAUGAAGCUUGGGACUAAGUACAAUCUUGUUUUCCCUUCUCAAGGGAGUAAGACGACGUCGUUCGGAAAUGACUUCGGAUGGUUACACUACACCUGGAUUGAUAUAGGGACACCGAAUGUUUCAUUUCUUGUUGCGUUGGAUGUGGGAAGCGAUUUACUUUGGGUUCCAUGCGAUUGUGUGCAAUGUGCUCCACUGUCAGCCAGUUACUAUAGUAGUCUGGAUAGAGAUCUGAGUGAGUACAGACCAUCUGGUUCAAGUUCCAGCAGACACGUACCAUGCAGCCAUCAGUUAUGCGAAUCAAGUCUAAACUGCAAAAGUUCUAAGCAGCAAUGCCCUUACACUAUUGACUACUACACAGAAAAUACUUCAAGUUCUGGAUUGCUUGUUGAGGAUACAUUACAUCUUGCAUCGGUCGAUGAUCAUAAAUUGAACACUUCAGUGCAGGCUUCUGUCAUUAUAGGAUGUGGUAUGAAGCAGAGUGGUGGUUAUUUAGAUGGGGUUGCUCCUGACGGUUUGAUGGGUUUAGGACCUGGAGAAAUUUCUGUUCCAAGUGUCCUUGCAAAAGCAGGGUUGAUCCGCAACUCUUUCUCAAUGUGCUUUGAUGAUGAGGAUUCUGGUAGAAUUUAUUUUGGGGAUAAGGGGCCCCCCACUCAAGAAUCUACUCAUUUCUUGCCUUCAGAUGGGAAAUAUGAGACCUACAUUGUUGGGGUGGAAGCUUGUUGUAUUGGUAAUUCUUGUCUCAAACAAAUGGGCUUUAGUGCAGUGGUUGAUAGUGGAACAUCAUUUACAUUUCUUCCAAAUGAAGUGUAUGAGAGGAUAGCUAAGGAGUUUGACAGGCAAAUCAAUGCUACGAUCACAAGCUAUCCAGGUUAUCCGUGGAAAUAUUGCUACAAGUCCAGUUCAGAGGAGUUGCCAAAGGUUCCUCACUUGAAGCUUGUGUUCCCUUUAAACAAUAGCUUUGUGGUCUUUAAUCCUGUUUUUGUGGUUUAUGGUAUUCAGGGUAUCUCUGGAUUCUGUUUAGCCGUACAACCAAUGGAGGGGGAUGUUGGGACAAUUGGACAGAAUUUCAUGACUGGAUACCGGAUGGUGUUUGAUAGGGAAAAGAUGAAGUUAGGUUGGUCACCCUCAAAUUGUCAAGAUUUAGCUGAUGGUAAAAGGAUGUCCCUUUCUCCAAAUGGGACACCAUCGAAUCCAUUGCCAACUAACGAGCAACAGAGCACCCCUGGUGGACGGGCAGUUGCUCCUGCUGUGGCUGGUAGGGCUCCGCCCUCCAAACCUUCAGCUGCUGCCCAUACCCACCUACCAUCUUCUUCCCUGCAGUUUUGUUAUAUAAAUUUGCUUCCAAUGCUUGUCCUUUGGCAUCUUCUCGUUUCAUCAUUUCCCAUAGAUACGGGCACCACCACUCACGGUUGAGCCAUUCUCACACUUAACCUCACUUGUAUGUAUAUCAUCUUCUUUUUUUCUUUUUUUUUUCUUUCUAUUUUUCCUAAUAUUUUGAUUUUUAUAUAUCUUUUUACCUUCUGUAUAAUGUAUGAAUAUUUGGAGAUUGAAGCAGCAGUGCCUUCAGUCUGGUGGUCUGAUGCCAUCAAUUUUUUUUUGCCCCUAGGAUGGCAAUUGGAUUGAACAGAUGGGCAUGUAGUAGUAUAUAAUAUAUAUGUAUUAUAUUUACUUUCUAA